GUCAUGUAAAUAAUUAAUAGAUAAAUAAUUUGUAGAUAUAUACCUACAUGGUAGAUGGUUUCCUGGAUGGAUUGAAAAUGUAAAAACACUUAAAAGCACAUUUAAAGUGUCUUGGUAACUCCAAUUUCAUUUAUCUGUAGGUACUUGAUUACGAAUAUGAUUACUAAAUCAACUUUUGCUAAUCUAACAUUGCACAAGUUGGUCGAUGACAGGCUAAGGUAACACCUGAUACCGUCGGUCCGUGUAUGGGUGACCAUCUACUUAACGACACAUCGUAUAGGUACAUAGCGAGUUCCUCCAAGUUUCGGAAACUAGACAGCCUGACUGAGGGUCUUACUGAGGAAGGGGUAUAGUAUAGUUAUACAUAUAGGUCACGCGGCUGGGUUGAGGAGAUCACUCCUUUUAAGGUGUUGAGCUGUAUCCGGUCAGACUGGAAGCCAACGAAAAAUAGUCCGGCAUAGUUUGGGAAAACGCUAGGCUAAUGAGGAUACUUUUGCGAUGUUGGUUGCGAAAUUUGUUAAUACGACAUUAUAAUUUGCGGCUACUUGUUCGGCCAAAUUCAUUAGAUACUCUUUGUUUUAGGUCCACUUUUACAUUGCUACAACUCAAGAUUGACUACAUUUGAGUUGUGGCCUGAAGCCACCAGGCAUUAUAAUGCCUGGUGGUAUUUAUUCAGAAAGGCUAAGCGCAAUCUAUGAAAUCUUGAUCAGACUUGAACUCCCAGUAGAUGAUGAAUGAAGUAUGUAAAAGUUGAUAUCUGGGUUGGGAUGUACCCCAUGUCAUCCCGACACAGAUGGGAAAAACGACAACUCCUAUUAGAUUACACCCACUGACUUCACUCCCAGCUGCGCGUAGCCAAACAUACUUAACCUUGGUAAAGAAGCCUCGGGAAGAGUUUAAUAUACUAGUAGUAGUUGCUCAAUCAAUUACUUUUAUACGCCGUUGUCAAUAGAUGCGUACUGUUACGCCUGAAUCCAGCUAUUUAGGUCUUAUAUCAGAAUUGAAUUAGAUUUUAACUAAUACGUAACUGGAAAGAUGACCUACAAGAGAUCUUUUGUUUACUAAUAAAAUCCUGAAAGGAGCCUAGAAGAUUCGUUUUUUAAAUGAAGAAAAUGGAUAGGAAUCUAAAUUCUGAACAGUGAACUAGACUUAACCCUUUUGGCUAGUUAAGAGUUACGAUUAUUAAAGUCCACUUUUGAAAGUCCUCCUUAAUUUAAUGGCAGCGGUAAAAAUAUUUACUAGGCGACCAAAAAUCCUAGGGUAAUUAUGGUUUGCAUUCGAAUCAGUUCAUGCUUAGCGAAAUACCUGGUAUUCUUACCAGGUAUUUGAAAAUUCAAGUAACUCACGAAGUAGAAAAGUUAGCUAUGGACACACAAAAGUUUGGUGUGUAAAAUGGGCCAAUAUUGGACCCAAUGCGAUUGCGUUGUUGUCCCAAACUACAAGCUGGCUAGCUAAGUUUAUUUGUACAGUCGCAUAAACGCCGUCGCGGUGACCGCGUGCGUCGCUCCCCGGAAAAUUCCUUUCGAUAUUCUCUUAUUUACCUUUACCGCCAUAAAUUCAUUUUCAAACGGUUUUAAAAUGUGAGCGUUUUGUUUGUGAGUUGCAAGAAAAUGGAAAUUAAAGUUGAUGUGCACACGGUCCAUCCGUCGGCAUCGGCGAGGCCGAUAUCAAAGCCGAUACACAAGAGAUCAUGUGGAUCGUGGUGCACGCCAGAGACUACUCCUGUUCAUGCUACGUUGACGCAAACGAAUUCCAACAUCGAAACCAAAACGGAAAUUGAACAAGAUGUGCAGCAAAAUACAGAUAAUAUACUAAGUCAGCUUCAGAAAGUGAGGCUUUUCGCGGCAAGCCCGCCACCUGAGCAAAAGCUUGACAAUGAAAUAACUGAAGCCGAUACGGAGCUAAAGGAAAUUAAACCACCAGUUUCCAAUGAUGAUUCGCCAGAUGGACUACCACCUGAGGAAACCAAAGAAGUCGCAGUUAUAGAAACUCCUCAAAGCCCUGUACCAGUUUCUCCAUCACGCAAAACAUGCAAAGGCCUCUCGAGAUUGUCCUCCUUCUGCGACCCAUUUAUGCCCAUAGAUCCCCAAGGUCGCGGCUACAUCAGCUGGCUCCUGCUCGUGACAUUCUGCUACAGCUACAACGCGUGGUGCAUCGCCCUCCGCGCCACCUUCCCUUACCAGACUCCCGCUAACACGCCCUACUGGAUGGUAGCGGAUUACCUCUGCGAUGUGGUCUAUAUCCUCGACGUGUUCUUCGUGAAGCCCAGGCUUAUGUUCCUGCAUGAGGGAUUCUGGGUCACCGAUGCUGCUGAAACUCGGAAGAAUUAUAGGAAGAAGUCACAAUUUAAAUUCGAUGUUAUAUCCUUGUUGCCUCUGGACUUCUUGUACUUGUACUUCGGGACUCAAAGAGUGAUCCUUCGCAUUCCUAGGCUAUUAAAACUACAGACGUUCUGGGAGUUCCAUCAAGCUAUGGAUCGAGUUCUCUCUUCACCGUAUGUUGUACGAAUCGGCAAAACUCUGUUCUACAUAUUCUACCUGAUUCACCUGAAUGCUUGUGCGUACUACGCCAUGAGUGACUACAUAGGGCUCGGAUCCAACGGCUGGGUUUAUGACAACCAGGGUUCCGCAUACAUCCGCUGCUUCUACUUCGCGACGAAGACCGCGACAUCUAUCGGCAAGAAUCCGAAACCUGAAAAUACUAUGGAGUAUUUGUUCAUGACUGCUGCUUGGCUAAUGGGAGUGUUUGUGUUCGCGUUGCUGAUUGGACAGAUUAGGGACAUUAUUGCGACCGCUACGAGGACCAGAACGGAAUACCGUAAAACCCUAGACGGAAGUAUUCGUUACCUGCGCCGUCUAAACAUGCCAGCGCCCCUGCAACGGCGAGUAGCGCUGUGGUUCAAUUACACUUGGAAUAAGCAGCGGUGUUUCGAUGAACCAAGAAUAUUGAAUUCGUUGCCAUUUAACAUGAAGCGUGAUGUGGCUCUUGAAGUACACAUGACUACUCUCAGCAAGGUGCAGCUGUUCCGCGACUGCUCGUCGUCGCUGCUGCGGGACCUGGUGCUGCAGCUGCGGCCCGUGAGCUUCCUGCCCGGGGACCUGGUCGUGCGCAGGGGGGAGGUCGGACAUCAGAUGUACAUCAUCAAGUCCGGGGAGUGCUGCGUAAUGUCUGUUGAUGAAAACGAAGUACUGGCAACAUUGAGAGAGGGAUCAGUGUUUGGAGAAAUCAGUCUUCUUGGCAUUGAAGGAUUACGACGUCGUACUGCCACCGUAAGAUCACGCGGAUACUCCAGCCUAUUUGCCCUAUCACGGAGCGAUCUUGAAGCCGCUUUGAAGCACCACAAGCAGGCCGCGCAAGUACUCCGUAUUCGAGCCGAUCAGAUCAUCCGAGAGAACGCAGCCAGGCAAGCUAAACAACGGAUCAUUAAACUAGAAGCAAAACGCUCUGUCAGUAUACAAGAGGAGACUGGGUCCAGUGCUCGAAGACGGCUGAGUAACACGUCUAGUGCGAGCAGUUUGACGGUGGAGGGGAGGAAGCAACGGUCGGCGAGCGCGAUGUCGAAGAGAAGACUGUCUGCUGUUUCAGAGAUUGGGGAUAAGCCAACUCAGCCCACUUUGGCAGACACAUGCGUGAGGUCAAAGACUCCAAUACCAACUAUAGUGUUGUCCGGCGAAUGAAGAAGUAAACCGUAACUUGUAAUCUGGGUUUAUUUAUCUUUAAUCAGUAAAUAAAGUCACUUUCUAAAUUAAAACCUAAA